AAAUACUUCAUAUGAAACUACUGUUAUGCAUCACGAUAACUAGACAAACCUAAAAAUUUAAUUCUGUUUCCGUUUAUUAUAAAAAUGUACUAUUUAAUUUUACCGAUUAAAAAAUAAGUACAAAAUUUGUUUCAUUAUAUAUCGUUGAUAGGAAAAUAUCACCAUACAUUUGAUUGAUUAUUAUAAGCAUAAUUAUUAAUACGAUUCAUAAUAAUAAAUUUGUUUUGUGAUGAAUUAAUGUAGAAAUGAAUUACAUUCAUAUAAGUGAACUAAAAAGUAAGUAUUCUUUUUAAUAUUUAAAUUGUUUUUAUGUAAUAUUCUACUUGAAAAUAGUUUUAUCUAUUGUAAUUUUUCAGACUAUGUAAAAUGGAAAAUUAUUCGAAAAUGCCAAUUGAUAUUACGACCAUAUAUAGUAUACACAUAUUUUACAUAUCUCAGUCCCUAGAUUUGCAAACUCCACUAUCGUACUGAUCCAUUAACUCAGCCCUUCCAUGUCAAAUUAAUCUCGAACGAGAUAAGAAAAACGAUAUUCGCGCUCAUAAAUAAAAUAAUGGAAUUUAGUGGAAACCACUCAUCUUUAAGCGCUUCUCGCGGACAGAUAAAAUGACAGUGGACAUCGAGAGUAGUAAGGCCGAAGGUGCGCCAUAUGUACUGAAGAUUUUUCAGGCAACGCUAAACAUUCUAGCCCACCUUUUGAUUGGUUUAGUUGUGGGAAUUUGUCUUAUUUUCUCCUUUAGCAAUGGAUUGCCGUUGGGAAAAACUGCGCUGCACAUAGUGUUAUGUGUUAUUGGGUACCAACUCCUCAUGGCGGAAGCUAUACUUAGUUUAUCCGCUGACAAUGGCUGGUCCGGAGUUUUAAGAUUCAGAGACAAGAGACGAGCGCAUACCAUUCUUCAAGUUAUCGGCUCUGUUUUGGCACUCGGUGGUAGUUUCAUCAAGAUGUCGGACAAGACUCAGAAUUUCAACACUUUACAUGGACAAUUUGGUCUCGUAGCCGUAGUGUUCACCAGUGUGGGUCUCGUCAAUGGGCUUACUUCCCUUUACGCGUUCGAAUGGCGACGUUUCUGUCCCGGAAACAUUUCUAAAAUCACCCACAUCUGUUUCGGAAUAGUCGCUUUUGCUGCUGCCUCCAUCAGCCUGUGCUACGGUUUCGACAAAGUCUUUUUCCGGGACUGGGCUACUGAGAACUUCACUAACGCACUCAUAGGAUGUACAGCUGCAUUCACUGCUAUCAUUAUUAUUAACCCAACCAUCAACUUCUUUAAGAAAACCUACAACUUGGUUUCCAACUAAUUUGUGUUUUUAUAACUUCUAUAGUUACGGGAAUCUCAAAUGCAGAUAACUAAACAUUCAUAUUUUCAUAACUUAUUUAAUAACAAUUGGUUGUUGGCAGAGACCGAGAAAUUUUAUUUAUUAGGUAUUCAGUCUUGAUUUAGCAAUAUCUUGUCCGUGCAUGGCGUCCUUGGCUUGUAACGCGAGUACCUACUACACAAUGAAACAGCUCAUUGGACGGAUAUAGACGAAAAUUCAUUGCAUUGUUUAAAUAAUUUGACGUUUUGAGUGAUUUAUAAUAACAGUAGUAUUUCAAAUUUACUAUAUGUAUAUCUUUACUUAUUAUAAAUAAAUGUAUAAUUAAUGAGCGAAUAAUUAAACAAUAUCAAAACAAUA